AUGUCUUUCUACCGUACUCUGAUCAUAUACUUCGAUGGCGCUUGUCAGAACAACCCAAAUGGGCCUGCUGGUUGCGGUUGGGCCAUCUAUGAGAUGGACGACUACGGCUGCGACGGCUUCAGGGUGGCGUCUGGCAACAGAUAUCUUGGUUUCAACUUGUCGAACAAUCAAGCCGAAUAUAUCGGCCUGAUAGAAGCGCUCGCGUACAUGCAAAUGAACAAUAUUGGUUGUCAUGAGCUUUUGAUUCGCGGGGACUCGCUGCUGGUCAUCAAUCAAAUGACGGGGUUCUAUCAAAUUCGCAACCAACGACUGUUCAACUUUUACAAUACUGUUUCGAACAAGCUCAGUUGGAUCAACAGUGACUAUGUAGAAUUCGCCCACAUCGAUCGCUACUACAAUGGGGAAGCCGAUUUUCUUGCUAAGACCGCUAUUCCUUCGAUGACCAACGGCGCUAUGUGGGACUGA